CUCUCUCUUUCCUCUGUCGACAAAACGCGAAACGGUGAAUUCGAUCUCUUGAUCCGGCUUCAAAAACACAACGAAACUAUCAAUCAUAGAUCCACAGGAAGGUAUGAGGAGAGUCACCGGACUUGCUGGGCGCACAAUCUCAUCCUCUGUCACAAUCCAUCCUCCGUCACAAGGGAAAUUAUCUGCUUUGAUGGUUUCUACGGUGAUCGCAAACAGAGAGAUAGGGAGGUCGAGGUGUUUUGGAUUUGUCAGCUUCAGCAGUGAAGAUUCUGCAAACACUGCUGUAUCAGAAAUGGAUGGAAAGGUCUAUGGUUGGGGAAGAGGAGAACAUGGAAGACUCGGGUUAGGUGACAAUGGCAGAGAUGACAGUAGCCAACCUUGUAGGCCAAUUUGACUGGUCCAAAUGGGGAUGAAUCUGAUCUUGCUAAAACAUUGGUAUCGAUGUUUGCCGCAAGUUCCCUCUCAUUGAGUUUCCAUCUUCUGUUAUGUAAAAUGUUUUCUCUUUCACUUUG